AUGUCUUCAAAACUCUCUUCUCGUUUAGCUUCUCGUUUAGCUUCUCGUCUAGCUUCCCGUCUUCAUUCCGCCACCACCAUCUCUCUCCCCAAAUCUCACCCUUUGAUUUCACUUCUCCACCACCAAUCGCAACCUUUAGUAUUUCCCCAUUUCAAUACCAACCAAACCAUUUUCACCCUCCAAUCCUUCUCCUCCACACUAUCCCGCCCUGCCCGAUCCCACCCUUCAACCCAGCCUCAUAUCGAAGCCAGAGCCCGUCAACUCCAAACCCGCCGUCUGUGGACCUAUUCCAUCACAUUCAGUUGCAUAGCAGCAUUCAUAGUAAUAGUCCUUAACCAAUUCCAAGAACAACUUGUAUUCUAUGUAACCCCUACAGAUGCUCUAUCAAAGCAUGCUGAGAACCCCACGAAAUCCAAAUUUCGGCACGGUGGAUUAGUACUAGAAAAUAGUUUAACACCAAUACCCAAUUCCCCAGAAAUGGAAUUUGUGAUAACUGAUUUGAUUACUGAUACUUUGGUUAAGUAUGAUGGGUCGUUACCAGAUCUUUUUCGGGAAGGGCAUAAUGUUGUUUUAUGUGACACCUUUAAUGGAGGCCAGGUCAAGCAGGACUGCCAGACUUCUAGGCUGGCAGCUUCUGAAGAUGAGACAAUGGCAUCUAUUCUACUGAUGAAUCUGACCAGGGUGCCAGAGACGACAAAUCCAAAUGCAGAAGAUAGAGAUACCUUGUUUUUCUUGAAGUGUGUUUAUCAGGGAGGAUUUGAGAGAUGA